AUGAACAAAGAACGUCUUGCCCAGUGCCUCAUUCUUCAAUAUCUUGAGUCAUGUGCCUCCAAGGAUACAGAACAUCAAGACGAACUCGAAGUUUCUAUUGACUGCCUCAAGAAUCUUUGGAAGAUUGACAACCCAGCUGUUUCAAUCCCAGGAGUCAACUCUAUCAUUGAUUUGAUCCCAGAACCAAAGUACGAUACCGAUGCUGCUAACAAGUUGAAAGUCAAAGGAAACGAAGCAUUAUCUGCCGGAAAUGUUGACGAAGCUAUCAGAUAUUACACAGAAGCUAUCAAAGUCGAUCCUUCACAGCAUAUCUUCUACUGCAACCGUGCAGCCGCUUAUACUACAAAAGGAGAUUAUCAAGCUGCAAUUGACGAUUCUGAGAAGGCUAUCUCUCUCAAUCCAACAUUCCCGAAGUCCUACUCUCGCCUUGGCCUUGCCCUCUACAAGCUUAACAAGAUUGAUGAAGCUCGCGAGGCAUAUAAGCGUGGUAUUCGUGCUUGCACAGAUAACCAGGCUUUGAAGGAUAACCUUGCAUCCCUUGGCCCAGAAAAGCCACAGGGUGGUGCUGGCAACGGCGCAAACAUGGCUGAGCAACUUGGUGCAAUGUUCGCUAAUAAUCCAAUGUUUGCUCAGUUUGCUGAACGUCUGAAGGAUCCUUCUGUCCAGGCAAUGCUUGAAGAACCAGAUAUGGUCGACCUCUUAUCACAAAUUCAGUCAAAUCCAGCUGCAAUUAUGUCAAUGAUGGGCGAUCCACGUCUUCAACGCUUACUUGGAGCCAUCAUGGGUGGAAGGUAA